GGCCCCGGGCCACGGGGAGUCGCCGCCGUCCGCCCCGCGGGGGCGCCCGUUGGGUCCCGGAGCCGCCAUCGGGUCCGGACCGGGUGGCAACCGAAGACACCGCUGCGGCGCAGGUCCUGCGAGCUCAACACUGUCUGGGGUCAUGAACUAGGACUGCAUCACCCCAACCCCACCAGGGCCCAACCGGAACCCCUCCCCUCUACUCCUCCCCCUCCCACCCUCACGGUGAGCCUCCUGUGAUCUGGCCCUUGCUCACCUCCUUCCUGUUUCCCAGCAGCCUUCCCACAGUCCCUGCCCUUCCUCUGCCCACAGACAGGACAGCUCCUUUCUGAGACAUACUCACGGCGACCUUACGCAUUUCCUUAUUUCUUGCCAGGAUCCCGGGCCAAUCCAGCGUUCCUGCCCACACUGCCAGUCUUCCCAACACGCCCAUGCCCUGUCUCAACGCCUUCCUGUGUAUUUUCUGUGUCUUCUAGAACACUCCACCCGACCAGUAUGUACUACACUCACUGCCUAGGUCCCCUGGAAGUGUCACCCUCUCACCACCACUGCCGCUCAUAGUUCUAUCUCCUCCAUUAGCUUGCCCUUCCCACAUUUUUCUGCUACUCCAAACUUUUUUUUUUUUUUUUUUGUACUAGAGAUUGAACCCAAGGCCUUCCCACUGAAUUCCAUCCCUACCCCUUUUUACUUUGUCUUUUAAAUCUUGAAACAGGGUCUGGCUAAGUCGCCCAGGCUGGGCUUGAAUUUGGGAUCCUUCUGCCGCUGCCUCCCUAGUGCCAGGCUACAGGUGUAUACCCCCACUCCCAGCUACACACGCUCUUCUUCUUCUUCUUCUUCUUCUUCUUUUUUUUUGGCACCAGGGAUCGAACUCAGGACCUUGCACUUGUGAGGCAGGCGGCUGAGCCCCUAAGCUAAAUCCCCGGCCCUGUUACACGCUCUUGUUUAUAUCCUGAUUGGUCCUACAAACCCCUCCUUCACUUUCCUUUUAAUCCCACCAUCCCCAAGCCCCAACCCUCCUCUACCCCUUUUCCUUUUGUGUCCCCCUUUCCAUGCUGAACCAGCCCAAGGGUUCACCUUGAUCUCCUCUUUCCUUGGGGCUGUCAUGUUCCCCUGAGCCUCCGAGGAGGGGGCUCAGGGGGCCCGAUGGCCUCCUGUCCCCCACGGCCCGGCAGCCCCCGUGCAGGGGAAGAGCCCAGGAAGCCGCAGCGCCCAGGAUGGGCAACCGCUCGUGGGAGGGCUGCCACGUGGACUCGCGCGUGGACCACCUCUUCCCGCCGUCCCUCUACAUCUUCGUCAUCGGCGUGGGGCUGCCCACCAACUGCCUGGCUCUGUGGGCCGCCUACCGCCAGGUGCGGCAGCACAAUGAGCUGGGCGUCUACCUGAUGAACCUGAGCGUGGCCGACCUGCUGUACAUCUGCACGCUGCCGCUCUGGGUCGACUACUUCCUGCACCAUGACAACUGGAUCCACGGGCCAGGCUCCUGCAAGCUCUUCGGCUUCAUCUUCUACACCAACAUCUACAUCAGCAUCGCCUUCCUGUGCUGCAUCUCCGUGGACCGCUACCUGGCUGUGGCGCACCCGCUGCGCUUCGCCCGCCUGCGCCGCGUCAAGACGGCCGUGGCCGUGAGCUCAGUGGUCUGGGCCACCGAGCUGGGCGCCAACUCGGCGCCCUUGUUCCAUGACGAGCUCUUUCGAGACCGAUACAACCACACCUUCUGCUUCGAGAAAUUCCCCAUGGAGGGCUGGGUGGCCUGGAUGAACCUGUACCGCGUCUUCGUGGGCUUCCUCUUCCCCUGGGCCCUCAUGCUGCUCUGCUACCGCGGCAUCCUGCGGGCCGUGCGGGCCAGCGUGUCCACCGAGCGCCAGGAGAAGGCCAAGAUCAAGCGGCUGGCGCUCAGCCUCAUCGCCAUCGUGCUGGUCUGCUUCGCGCCCUACCACGUGCUGCUGCUAUCGCGCAGCGCCGUCUACCUGGGCCGCCCCUGGGACUGCGGCUUCGAGGAGCGCAUCUUCUCCGCCUACCACAGCUCGCUGGCCUUCACCAGCCUCAACUGCGUCGCCGACCCCAUCCUCUACUGCCUGGUCAAUGAGGGCGCCCGCAGCGAUGUGGCCAAGGCCCUGCACAACCUGCUCCGCUUCCUGGCCAGUGACAAGCCCCAGGAGAUGGCCAACGCGUCCCUCACCCUAGAGACCCCGCUCACUUCCAAAAGGAGCAGUGUGGCCAGGGGCCCGGCAGGCAGCUGGGUGGCGGCUGUGCCCUCCCAGGGGGACCAGGUGCCGCUCAAGGUGCUGCUGCCCGCACAGUGAGCCCCAUGCUUAAAUCUCUGCCGUGGUCUCUUCCCAGGUCUGCUGUAUGCAAACUGUACGUAACCAGGCGGUGUUGAUAUUCUUAAGAAUAUAAUAGGACAAGCGUAAGGCUGAUGAGUCACUGUCACCCACCUCCUCCACAUGACCCCCUCGCAGUUCAGUUUAACCUCCCCAGCCCUGAGAUGGGCAGUGCUAGUGAUAGGGCAGCAGCCCUGUCCUCAUGGACCCCAGGCCCUGCUACUCUUCUGGGGACACAGGGCUUCCUGGAGGACCUGAAGAGUCGAUGAAGUCAAAUAUUUGGCUUCCAAAAGGUAAAGACACAAAGAAAGGAUGAUUUCCAACAGAGGAGUAGAACCUGUGACUACUGCGCGGGUGGGAGGGGAAAAUCAGAGUGUGGUCACUGUGUUUGCCCUUGGGAUGUCCCUGGGGGAGAGGGUGACAGACAGACGGGUUCCGAGAUUUCCUGUCAACAGUGUUCUCCGAGUAGGAACUGAGGAAGAGGAUGGAGAGUGUGGGAAAGAAAGGAAAAAGCAAUCAGAGCAGACUGCCUGGAGGAAGAGUGAGUGGGAGGAGGCUCAGGACAAGAGGAAGCUCAUUCAUCCAUUCAUUCAUUCAUCCAUCCAUUCAUUCAUUCAUUCAUUCAUCCAUUCAGUCACUGGAGAUUUAUGCCCAGCCUAUGUUGACAGGGGCUCAGGAUACAGCAACGGACAUGACAGCCCUGGCCCCGCUCUCAUGGGGUUCAGGAAAAACAAGUAAAAAGUAACUAUAAGCUGGGCAUGGUGGUAUAGAGCUGUAGUCUCAGCUACUUGGGAGGCUGAGGCAGGAAGAUUGCAAAUUUCAGGCCAGCCUGGGCUAAACAGCAAGACCUUGUCUCAAAAAUCAAGGAUAACAAUAAAAAAUAAAUACGACAUUUGGAAUUGCUAAAUAGAAGUGGAAAAAACCAGAGCUGGUUGAAGAGACCGAAGGACCGGGAGUCUGAUCUAGAUGAGGAAGAUGGGGGAGGGCUCAUGGCAGUGCUUAGAGCAAGGAUCUGAAGGGGCAAGGCGGUAACCCCUGUGGGUACUGCGGGAAAAGCACUCCGGAGAGCAAGAGUGGCAAGGGCAAAGGCCCUAGGGUAAAAAACCGUAAGUUCGGAGGGACCAGUGGCACAGCAGUGUGGCUGGAGUGCAGGUUGGAAGGGCAAGAGGAAUGGGACGUUGGCCACAGGCGGAUGGUGUGAGCCUGCUUGUCUUGGUGAGGAUUUGCCUUCUUCUCAGACAAAUAGGAGCCGCAGGGAGGCUCUGAGCAGUCGACCGAAGUGAUCUGACUUCCGUGUUAAUGGGAUCCUGCUGGCUGCUGAGCAGGAGCAGAAGGCAGGAGGUGAAGGCAGAAGCCAGGGGCCUGGUGAGGUGGUGAUUGGCAAAAUGUACACUGAACAUGUGGGUGCUCGACCAGUUGGGAGUGGGGGACCAGGCAGGGUGGUGGUCAGCACUGGGCUUUAUUCUGCAGGAAGACAUUGAUGGAAGCAGCUGGGGCCUGUGGAAUUGUGUAACAGGAGCCCCUUGCCCUCUUCUGGGAAGAGGGUGCUCGGGGACCUGAGCGGAAAGGGCCUCUGGGAGUGAGUGAUCUUAGCCGCAGUGGAAGGUGGCACCAGAGGGGCUGAGCAGGGGUCCAAGGUCUCAGGGCCGGUGAGUCAGUGCUGGGCCAUCCUGGGCUUGCUCCCCACUCCUCACUCCAGCAUCUGUUCCCACGGCCCAGGGUGCCAAGGUGGCUGUCCUGGCUGAUGGUGUCCGUGGCCGCCUCUGGCCUCAAGGGUCACCAGGGCUGGAGAGGAGGAAGCGCCUGCCCUGCCAGGCCCCAGCCCUCCCAGAGCAAGGGUGGAUGCAGGCUCCUGAGAUGCAAAGAUCCUCCUCCCCCACCCUGCCCUGCCCUAGAAGUUCCCAUAAGAGCUUCCUGGAAACGCUUCUCGGAGAAAGGAAGAGGUGGGAAGAGGGGAAUGGGAAAACAAUGCACUUGAUGAGAAAAAUGAUUUUGUGGAGAAGGGGGUGAGGUGGCACAGAGGGCAGGUAGCCCAGAGAUGCAGUGUUGGGGGGUAGAGAAGCAGGGAGGCCUAGGAUCUGGGAGGUCGGUCCCCUCCUCCCACCACCUUAGAAUGGCUGAACACAGCCCCCUCCCACCAAAUGCUCCUUCCUGGCCAUUCAGUAAACAUUUAUUGAGUACCUACAGUGUGCCUGGCACUAUUGUAAGAGCUCAGGAAACAGCAGUGAAUUGUACAGAAAAGAGUCAUGUACACGUUUGGAAGUUUCCUAAACCCAUCAGGUCUUUUCCUCAGUCCCUAGUAGGUCCUUGGGCCCCAUGAUAACCCACCCAGGGAUUAAAAGAAGGACCUGGGCAAAUCUCUUCCACUUUCUGGCCCCAGGUGGCUGGUCUGUACCAUGGGAAGACGCCUGGUCCCAAUUGUGUGAUGGAUCUUAAGUGGGCCGGGGCUUGUUCACACCUUCUGUCCUUGAGGCACCCCAGGAAGCCUUGUUUUUUUGGACUUUUGGCAUUCUUAGUGAGUUAAGAGUAUCUGGGUUCACACACACCUGCAUCAUCUUUUAUUUAUUUACUCUUUUUGUCUGUACUGGGGACUGAACCCAGGGCCUUCACACUGUACAGCCCUAGUCCAUUUU